AAGGCGAAAGAAGAAAUCGGAAGUGACGUCGCAGCCAAAACAAGCCCAAUUUGGGAGGCCUGUAGUGAACCCGUGGCGGCAGAUGGAAAGGCCCGACUCGCCCUCUUCUGUCGAAGGUGGUUGCGAGGCCCUGCCAUCCCACCCGGUGGUCCUCCCGCCCCUGCCCUUGGGACCGGCCCACCACGGGUGAGCGAGAGUUUCCGCCUCCCGGUACUAGAGCCGCGUUGGGACUUCUCGGGCGGAGCUGGCCGGUGGCGACAGCGCGAACUUCCUUCCCUGCAGCAGUCUCCCCUCCAGCAGACUCCUGUCUUAGACGCCAGGACACUUGUCGCCUAUGUUUAAAGAAAUAUACAAAUUCCAAGAAUACUCUGAAUACAGCUCUUAUAAAACAAAGAGGAAGCCAUGAAGAAAUUUUUUAGUUAUUGAAACUAUAGUUGAAAUCAUGGCUACAUCAGCAAAUCUGGAUAUUGGAGCCCAGCUGAUUGUGGAAGAAUGUCCCAGCAAUUAUAGUCUAACUGGCAUGCCAGAUAUUAAAAUAGAACGUCCACUGGACUCAAAUUCAGAAGAAGGAUCGGCUCAGGGUGUUACCAUGGGAAUGAAAUUCAUAUUGCCUAACCGUUUUGAUAUGAACGUGUGUUCUCGUUUCCUGAAGUCCUUAAAUGAAGAGGAUAGUAAAAAUAUCCAAGAUCAGGUUAACUCUGACCUGGAGGUGGCAUCUGUCUUAUUUAAAGCUGAAUGCAAUAUCCAUACAUCGCCUUCUCCAGGAAUUCAAGUAAGACAUGUCUACACUCCCUCUACAACAAAGCAUUUCUCACCCAUAAAACAGUCAACUACUUUAACCAACAAGCACAGAGGAAAUGAGGUCUCUACCACACCUCUAUUAGCAAAUUCCUUGUCUAUUCACCAAUUGGCUGCUCAAGGGGAGAUGCUCUAUCUGGCUACUCGUAUUGAACAAGGUGCUGAUCCUCAACUUUUAGGAAAAGGUCGAGAAAGUGCGCUGUCAUUGGCCUGUAGUAAGGGCUACACAGAUAUUGUCAAAAUGCUGCUUGAUUGCGGAGUUGAUGUAAAUGAAUAUGAUUGGAAUGGGGGGACACCUUUGCUUUAUGCUGUACAUGGAAAUCAUGUGAAAUGUGUAAAAAUGCUCUUAGAAAAUGGAGCUGACCCAACAAUUGAAACUGACUCUGGAUAUAAUUCUAUGGAUUUAGCUGUAGCCUUGGGCUAUAGAAGUGUUCAACAGGUUAUUGAGUCGCAUUUAUUGAAGCUGCUUCAAAAUAUUAAGGAGUAGAAAAAGUUGUCAGAAAAUGUUGUCUGCUCUUCUGUUUACUUUUUAGCCCUGAUAAAUGAUAGUGUUGUUUACUUAUAAACUUUUUUA